AUGUUCCAGUUUUGCCGCCGCAAGGCCCCAGAUGGCGACCCAAACAGGAGGAAACGGACCCUAACGAUGCCCCUGUGGUCCUCGUCCAACAAGACCUCGUCCAACACCCUCAAGAAAAUGGUUGGCCUCACCACAAUCCUAGCACCUACCCACGGCGGUUUCCACUUCAAACCCUCUCGGCCGAUGCCCAUGAUCAACAUCAUAGACGUCGACGGCGCAACCGACCCGUCCUCUUCCUCUGCCGUCACCUGCGACCCGAAAAAUACCUCCGUCGCUUCUACCGCCGACGAGAUCCCACUCAAUUUCACCAUCCAAAACCGGCUUAAGAGAAUCUUUGACGAACUACGCUCGCGCCGCUCCUCGUUGUCCCGCGAACCUUUCGUGACCCGCGGACAGCUGCUUGCAUUCCUCGAGAAUACCCAGGGCGAGAUCAACGCCGAGGACGUCCUACCCGAAGAGAAGGAGAGAUACAACUUGGGAGAAUUUCUCGAGACGUGGUGGAGGCAUUACGGUUGGGAUGCGGUCCGUCCUCUCAAGAGCGAGGAGAAAGACUUGGGCCGCCCCAUCACAAACUACUUUAUCAGUAGCAGCCACAACACGUACCUCGAGGGCAACCAGCUCGUCUCCAAGAGCUCGCCCGAGACCUACAAAACGGUUCUCCGCCGGGGAUGUCGGUGCAUCGAGAUCGAUGUUUGGAACGGAGACGCCAUAAUCCCAACUCAGGGGGGCACCAGGUCCGACCAUUCGAGAAAUCUGUCCGGUUCCUCCCUGCCUAAUGUGGCGGCGAGCGUCAAGGAGACGGUCGAAGAUAUCUUCUCAGAUCGCAACGGCCACAACAGAAACACGAGCAGCGCCAGCAGGUCUCUCGACCCUCGUGACAGCAGCACACUGCUGGGACCCGCCGAGUCCACGGAAUCCCUGGGAAAUACCCUUCGUCCCCAAUCCCCAAGCAAGAAUCGCCUACCAUAUCCCAAAGACGAACCCAUUGUCACCCACGGCUGGACCCUGACUACCCCGUGCGGCUUCCGCGAGGUGUGCAGGGCUGUCCGCGAGUCCGCCUUCGAGACCAAUGAAUUGCCUAUCAUAGUCAGCCUCGAGGUGCACGCUGACAUGGAGCAGCAGGAAGUCAUGGUCAGGAUCAUGAAGCAGGAGUGGGAAGGGAUGCUGAUCGACAAAUCCUGGGAGGGCAUUGACCCUCGUUUCCGUCUUCCCAAACUUGAGGAACUGAAGCGCAAGAUCCUCGUCAAGGUGAAGAAGGCGCCUAACAAGAUCGAGAUGCGUCUCGGCGCAACGACGUCGUCGCCCAUCUUUGCCAACGACGAGGACGCCUCAGGCUCUGAUGAUGAGCAGAACAGGGAAGUACCGAAAGCACCAAGCACCCCCAAGCUGGACACUCCCAUCAAGGUUCACAGCGGGAAUGAGCCGCCGAAUAGCACCAAGGUGGCCAUUUGCCAGGCACUCAGCAGCUUGGCCAUCUACACGCACAGCGAGCGCUUCAAGAGUUUCGAGACGCCGGCGGCCAAGAAGCCAAGUCACAUCUUCUCAAUAAGCGAGAGUAGGAUCCUCGAGCUGCAUGCAACCAAGGCCCGCGAGAUGUUCAAUCACAACAAGAACUUCUUCAUGCGGGCCUUCCCCAAUGGCGCGCGCGUGGACAGCUCUAACCCCGACCCCAGCCUGUUCUGGCGAAAGGGCGUGCAGAUGGUCGCCCUCAACUGGCAGUACCUCGACGAAAGCAUGAUGCUCAACGAGGGCAUGUUUGCCGACGAGGACGGAUGGGUCCUCAAACCCAUCGGCUACCGAAGCUGCGACAAGGACACCGUCACCGAAGUCGACGCCGCGCCGCAAGGUGACCUGGAGCUUACCGUCACCGUCAUCGCCGGCCAACACAUCCGGGCCACCAGCGACUCCGACAGCACCAUCAGCCGCGCCAAACACCUCCGACCAUUUGUCAAGUGCGAGCUUCACGUCGAGAUUGGGGCUGUGAACGGCAAGGCGGCCGACGAGGAUGACUUCAAGCUCAAGACGGGGGCGAGGAAGACAGACAACCCCGAGUGGGACAACGGAGCCCGGCUCAAGUUUCCCAAGGUCUCGAGGGUGGUGGAAGAGUUGAGUUUCCUCAGGUUCAAGGUUGAAAAUGACCCCCUCCUGGGAGGAGACCAGCUGCUGUCGUGGGCCUGCAUCCGACUCGACCGGCUGCGUCAGGGCUUCCGCAUCGUCAGGCUCAUGGACACGAAGAACCGUCCAAUCGAGGGUGGCAAGCUGCUCGUAAAGAUCGACAAGGUGGUGCGGUGA